AUGGCAACGGAGGACGGUCAUGUGGCGUCUUCUGAUUCCGAACCCGAGGGAGAAGAGUUUCGAGACCGAACGCAGUCCCAGCCCGACGAUGCCCUAGUGAUUGGUGAAUUUUCAUCUUUUAAACAAGCCGGCGAUUUCGUGGACUGCCACUCCUCGUAUCGUUUUAAAGUUUAUCACAAGUCAGCUAGAGUUGGAGCCAUGAUAACGACAUAUCGGUGCGCAUCGCACCUUUCCUGCACGUAUUUCCUGCGUCUGCACUUGCAAGACAGCAAACACACACUCCAAGCUACUGGUGCCCAUGCUGAGGAAAUGUCCAAUGUGGCUAAGAUUGAUAAAGUGUGCGCCAACAAUCCAGAGAAGCUAAGAUUUUUGCCAACCGAGAAACAGUUGAAGAACAGGAAGCAAUAUUUGAGCAAGCUCGCAGCAGGCAAAAGUGUCCGGACCUAUGCUGAUUUACUGAAGUGGGCUGGUGGACGUCUAUGCGAGACUCAAGUUUUUUUUUGGUAA